UUCCUCUGAUGCACAUCGUAUUCAUGCCAGUGACAGAAACGAAAGCAAUAAGAAAAACGUUUCACUGAAUUCCUUUCGUUUCAUAGCUUUCAUAGAUCGGAUUCGGAUCAGACAAUGGAGAAGCUUUACCACCAGACUAACAAGCAAAUCCAGGAGAUCCAGUCUAAUAUGGGCCGCCUGGAGACGCCCGAGCGGCGGUUGGUGCACCUGGUUGAAAAUGAACUACAGGCCAGGAUCGAGCAAGUCUUCAAGUAUCUGGAACGACUGGAGAUCCUAGCCGCGAAAGAAUUGCCGAACCGCCGCCAGAACGCCAAACUGCGUGUAGAGCAGCUGAAGUACGACGUACAGCAUAUGCAGUCAGCUCUGAGAAACUUCCAGCACAGAAGAUACGCACACGAGGCUCAGGAGAGGGAAAGGGAAGAGCUCAUGAGUCGAACUUUCACCACCAAUGACUCAGAUACAUCCAUCCCUAUAGAUGACACACUUCAGUUUAAUUCCAACCUGCAAAAUGCACACAAAGGCAUGGAUGAGCUUCUUGGCUCUGGCUCAAGCAUCCUUCAUAGUCUCCGUGACCAGAGGAGCACUCUUAAGGGUACUCAUAAGAAGAUGCUGGAUGUGGCUAACAUGUUAGGGCUGUCCAACACAGUGAUGCGUCUGAUCGAGAAACGAGCCGGUCAGGAUAAAUUCCUCAUGGUGGGGGGCAUGCUGAUCACCUGCAUUGUCAUGUUCCUGGUAGUCAAAUACCUGAGCUGAAACUUCUUACCUCAAACGGACCAAAACAUGAACAAUAAAAGAUACAGCGCAACAGUCUUAGUAUUUAGAAAGAAAACCAGAGGUAGGAUGGAGAAGUGGACCGACCUAAUCAUGUUCACAGGACUGUACAUACACUCACAACGCACUUUACUUUACUAUACUAUACUAUACGAUACGUGUACUAAUGGGUAGGGGUCUCUCUUUGCUAUCAAAACACACUCAGCUCUUCGUGGCACAGAUUCCACAAGAGGUUUCUUUUCGAUUUUAGUCCGUUCCUUCAGAUUCAGAUUUUUCAGCGAAUCUCCUGUUCUACCGCAUCCCAAAUGUGAUCUACUGGAUUCAGAGAUGGUAAGAGGGUAAAGAAACAUUGAUUAUGAAAAUAUCAUGCUGGAAGAAGCCAUUAGAAGGUGGGUAAAUGUUGGUUAGGAAGAGAUGCACAUGAUCAGCAACAAUCCUCACCUAGGCUGUAGGGUUCAAGCCAUGGUUGAUGAAUGUACCAGGAAGGCACACAUUAAACAACCUCCACUAGCCUGGAUUGUUGACCCGAGGUAGAUUAUAUCCAUAGAUCUAAAUUCUAUAAAUUCUAGUAAAUUCUGACUCUUUCAUCAGUGUACCUCGGCACAAAUCGAGAUUUAUUCGACCAGGAUACAUUUUUCUGAGAAAGUUGUACCUCAAGUGGUUAAGGCUCUGUUUUAAUUGGAAGGCCCAGCACUGCCAAGCUGCCACUGUUGGAACUGUGCAAGACCCUUAAACCUCUCUGCACCAGUACUGCUGAAUUAUUGUUGAAUCUGCUCUCUGACCCCAGUCUACAGCAGUCUAUAAGUCCUAUAAAUUCUAAAGAUUGUUUCUGAAAAUAAUCAUCUAUUAAAAAAAAAAAAAAAAAAAAAGUCGAGUGGGUUUGAGCAUUUUUAUAACGUUUAUACACCCAUUCCGAGUGAUGUGAGCUUGACCCAAAGCUGCGAGAUUUCAUGCACCGCACUGCUACCACACAAUUGUCUUAUCAGAUCGGUGCAUAACAUGUUCCUAAUAAAGUGUCCAUUAAGUGUAUGUCUAUUACAGAGGCGCUUACUCAAGCCUGUUUGCUGUACCUUCAACUACAGACAUUGUUCUGCUCUAAUAUAAAAGACUGGAAAA